AUGCUUUCAUCUACCGGUAUGCCAGAACGGUCGGGCAAACUCCGUGCAAGGCUAAUGAAAGUCAGAGAUCAAUUACGCCAAAACGCUCUCGUCAAGCAGUACUAUUGUGACAUCGACAUUGCCCAUCUGAUUUCCUACAACGAGGAAUUAGCCCACAAGCUCACCACCGAGCCUGCAGAUAUCAUCCCUCUCUUCGAGGCGGCCCUUCAACAAUGUACUCAACGCAUCGUUUACCCCUCGCAACGAGACAUCGUUCUCCCUACCCACCAGCUUCUCCUCCACUCUUCAGCCACCCACAUUUCCAUCCGCGACUUGAACGCUACAAACAUCUCUCACCUCGUCCGCAUUCCUGGUAUCGUGAUUGGUGCCUCAACAAUAUCCUCCAAGGCCACGACAGUCCACAUUCGCUGCAAAUCCUGCGAUCACGCUGACAAUAUCCGGGUCGACGGUGGUUUCUCAGGUCUCACACUCCCCAGGCGGUGCGCUCGCCAGCGCCAACCCGGCGAAGAGCCCGACACUCAGUGCCCGCUUGACCCCUAUGUAGUUGCUCACGAAAAAUCUCAGUUUGUCGACCAGCAAGUGCUCAAGCUUCAAGAAGCCCCGGACCAAGUUCCAGUUGGUGAACUGCCACGACACGUCCUCAUCUCUGCCGACCGGUACCUCGCCAACAGGGUUGUCCCCGGUUCCCGUUGCACGGUGAUGGGUAUCUUCUCUAUCUAUCAAAAAGGAGGAAAGGAAAAGGGUGCUGUGGCCAUUCGCAACCCCUACCUGCGGGCUGUUGGCAUCACAACGGACCUCGACCAUACCGCCAAAGGGAGCUAUAUUUUCUCGGAAGAAGAAGAACAAGAGUUUCUGGAACUCAGCCGUCGUCCUGACUUGUACGAUGCUCUUGCGAGGAGCAUUGCUCCCUCUAUUUACGGAAACCUGGAUAUUAAGAAGGCUAUCGUGUGUCUGCUGAUGGGAGGAUCCAAGAAGAUUCUUCCUGAUGGUAUGAAACUUCGUGGAGACAUCAACGUCCUUCUCCUUGGUGACCCUGGUACCGCCAAAUCUCAACUGCUGAAGUUUACCGAAAAGGUCUCACCAAUCGCCAUCUACACCUCCGGUAAGGGUUCAUCCGCUGCUGGUCUCACAGCGUCUGUGCAGCGAGACCCAGCUACGCGCGAGUUCUACCUGGAAGGUGGCGCCAUGGUACUUGCAGACGGAGGCGUCGUCUGCAUUGAUGAGUUCGACAAGAUGAGAGACGAGGACCGAGUUGCUAUUCACGAAGCCAUGGAACAGCAGACGAUUUCCAUCGCCAAAGCCGGUAUCACCACCAUCCUUAACUCCCGAACCUCCGUCCUUGCCGCAGCGAACCCCAUCUUCGGCCGCUACGAUGACCUCAAGACGCCCGGCGAGAACAUCGACUUCCAAACCACCAUCCUGUCCCGUUUCGAUAUGAUCUUCGUGGUUCGCGACGACCACGAGCGCAGCCGCGACGAGAACAUCGCCCGGCACGUUAUGGGGGUGCACAUGGGCGGUCGCGGUAUCGAGGAGCAAGUCGAGGCAGAGAUUCCCCUCGAGAAGAUGAAGCGGUACAUCAGCUACUGCCGGAGCCGCUGCGCGCCCCGUCUCUCCCCCGAAGCUGCCGAGAAGCUUUCGUCGCACUUCGUCUCGAUCCGAAAGCAGGUCCACCGCGCUGAGCUCGACGCCAACGCCCGCUCUUCCAUUCCCAUCACAGUCCGUCAGCUCGAAGCCAUUGUCCGUAUCACCGAAUCGCUCGCCAAGUUGAGCCUGCAGCCUAUCGCAACCGAAGCCCACGUUGACGAAGCCAUCCGCAUUUUCCUUGCCUCAACUAUGGACGCCAUUACACAGGGCGAGGGUCAGGGAAGCAGAGAAAUGAUGGAGGAAGUCUCCAAGAUCGAAGACGAGCUGAAGCGCCGACUUCCCAUCGGAUGGAGUACCAGUCUUGCCACUCUGCGCCGCGAGUUCGUCGACGGCAGAGGAUACACAGAGCAAGCGCUAAACAGGGCAGUCAUUGUGCUGCAGCGGAGGCAAACGAUUCAGAUACGGUCUGGAGGUUCACAGGUGUACCGACAGGGUGUAUAG